AUGGGGGAAGUGGAGGGGAUUUCCUAUUGGGCCUAUGUACCAAAUCCUCCAAUUAUUCAGCCAGUGGGAUGGUUAGACAGAGAGCCUAUUAAAGUGCUAACUAAUGAUUCUGUAAGAAUGGGAGGAGCUCAAGGUUCUGAUGAAAGAUAUUCCACCUCUUCAUUAAUAACCUUUGAGGGAAGAGCAGAUUCUCUGCCCAUUUGCCUGUCACUUAAGGGGGAACCACCAUCGGGCUGUCUUCCCACCUCAUACAGAACUUUUCUAGCAGAUGGACCAGAUAAGACGAGCUCAAUAGAAAGUGGAAUAUCUGGUGGUAAGAAACGGGAACAGAAGCGAUGGAUGUGGGAAAGGCAACUGCAGGUAGUAGGGCAAGCACUUUAUAAUGACAAUUGUACAGCCAUCCCUGCUGUGUCUAUGCCCACAACACCAUGUGAGCUUAAAUUUCCUACUUCCAAAUCAGAUGAAUUGUGGGAUUCUUCUUUGACAAAAAAUCCAACAUGGCUGUCAUGUGGUUUUCAUAAUUCGGCUACAUUUUAUGAUCCUGAUAAUUUAGGACUAAGAAUUUGGGAUUUUUCUAAUUCUAUAUGUAAACGCAGCUGGAAUCUGGAACAUUACAUUAAUGCUGUGGAUAGAUUUCAUGGAUAUCGAUAUGAAAGACAUGGGGAACCUUUAAGGCGAUGGUUUUCUCCAGGAUAUGUGGAACCUAUUUUAUAUGCCAGAAAAGGGAAUAAAAUUAGGAAGCAUUUAGAUUUGUUUAGACUGUCUGCGGCUGCUAAUAUGAUUCUUGAGAAGCGUCCCAAUCAGACAAAAUCAGAACCUAUCAGUGUCAAAGCUUGUGUUGCUUAUCCAAAUGCUCUUUUGUUGGUUCCUCCUACUGGUUCUUUAAAUAUUAGUGCAGAAUGGCAAUCAUAUAGAUUAUUAUGUUUUCACUGCGUGUUAACAAAUUGUAUAGGGUCCACAGUGCAGAAAAAGUAUUAUGCUAUGCUAAUAGUGCGCCGACCUCCCUUUAUAAUGUUGCCAGUAGAAUUAGGAAAAAAUGCAUGGUAUGAUAAUUCUGCUUUGCAAGUACUUGAUAUGUUAUCUGAAUUGUUAAGGCCAAAAAGAUUUGUUACUUCAUUGAUACUAGGAAUAACUGCUUUAAUUUCUAUUGUUACUACAUUUGCUGUGGCUACUACUGCAUUAGAGAACGGAAUUCAGACUGCUCAUUAUGUAAAUACAUUAAACAGGAAUAUUACAAUGGCUUUAUUAAGACAAGAAGCAAUUGAUCAAAAAUUGGAAGCUAAAAUCAAUGUGUUGGAGGAAGUGGUCCUCGCUUUAGGACAAGAUAUUGCUAACUUGAAGACAAUGUUCUCUGCACGCUGUCAUAGUAGUUUUAAAUCAAUUUGUGUAACACCAUUGUUGUAUAAUACUUCACAACCUUGGGAGAAAGUGAAAGCACAUGUGCAGGGCAUGUGGCAUGAUAAUGAUAUUACACAUGACCUACAUGCUUUGCAAAAGGAAAUAGCGGUAGCAAGCCAGUCUAGAUUGCAACUAGGGGAUUUGAACGAAUUAGCAGAAAGCCUAGAAGAGCGUGUUCUGAUUGCAAAUGUUGGGAAGUCAGCUGUUCAGAAUCUGGGUGGAUGA